GUGGAGCACUUCUAUUGUUUUGUUAUUUUUGUUUGUUUGUCAUGUGUUUAGUAAUCUUUUUUUUCAGUCAGUUUCACCAGAGACGAACUGCUGAACAUUCGAAGGCAUACACCAGUCAAUAUCUUCCCGGAUUUUGAAUAUUCGGACGUUUUGUUUGACAUUUUAGUCGGAGGCUCGGCUGUGUUGUUUAAACACGCUAUGAGACGCAGGCGAGGGAGAGGAGCCGGUGCGCUGGUCAAGCUCCGUAGGCGCGGCUUUCGAACAACACUGCCCAGCAUUCAUCUAGCAAAUCUCCGCGCUCUCCCUAACAAAACUGAUGAAUUACAUCUCCUCACCCGCACAAACAAGGACUUUUCAACCUCUGCUGCCUUGUGCUUCACAGAAACCUGGCUGAGUAAAGCCAUUCCUGACAGCGCAUUACAUCUGCCGGGCUUUCAGCUGUUCAGAGCGGAUCGCAUCGUGGAGUUAACGGGGAAAACAAAAGGCGGUGGAACAUGCUUUUACAUCAGUGAAAGUUGGUGUACAGAUGUAACAACGUUAAAGAGGAUGUGCUGUCCUAAUUUGGAAGCGCUCUUUAUUAACUGUAAGCCUUUCUACUCGCCGCAAGAGUUUUCCUCGUUUAUUCUGGUGAGUGUGUAUAUCGCGCCACAUGCGUGUGUGAACACAGCACUGCAACAGCUGGCUGAUCAAAUCACAGACACGGAACAACAAUACCUGGGCUCAGUUAUUAUUAUUCUUGGGGAUUUUACCAAAGCAAACCUCACACGUGAACUGCCCAAAUACAAACAGCACAUCACAUGCCCCACCAGAGACAGGAACAUACUAGAUCAUUGCUACACAACAAUAAAGGAUGUAUAUUGCUCUGUUCCUAGAGCUGCUUUGGGACUCUCUGAUCACUGUCUGGUUCAUCUUCCAACCUACAGACAGAAAUUAAAAUCUGCGAUCUAAAGCGAUGGACCAACGAAGCAGAGCUGAAACUACAAGCCUGCUUUUCACUUAUUGGAGUGUUUUUGAGGCUGCAGACACCAAUCUGGACGAGCUCACAGAUGCUGUUACAUCAUAUAUCAGUUUUUGUGAGAAUGUGCAUUCCUACUAGGACUUAUUUAACAACGAUAAACCAUGGUUUAAAGCGGAACUCAGGCAGCUUCGUCAGGCCAAAGAGGAUGCUUACAGGGGUGGGGAUAAAGUCUUGUACAGUCAGGCCAGGAACACACUGAACAAGGAAAUCAGAGUGGCUAAAAGAAGAUACUCUGAGAAGCUGAAAAACAAGUUUUCAACUAACGACCCUGCAUCAGUGUGGAGUGGCAUGAAACAACUUAUGAAUUACAGGACUCCUGCCCCCAACCCUGUGGUGGACCAACAACUGGCUGACGACCUGAAUGUGUUCUACUCUAGAUUUGAAAGGCCCAAUCUCACACCCCACACCCACUCUGACCUUCACUUCACACAAACACCAACACCUCCUGCAACCCCCCUCCUCCCCCUCCUGCUACUCAACUUUCACUUAAGAUCUGUGAAGAUGAUGUGAGCUGCGUCUUUCGACAACAAAUUAUAAGGAAAGCACAGGGCCCAGAUGGCGUUUCACCUGCAUGUCUUAGAUGCUGUGCUAAGGAUUAUUGGUUAUUCCCUACCUAUAAAGCUCAUUCUGAUUCUGAUUAAUGUGUACAUUUGUAUGAAAUUUAAAUGUAAAUUAAAUGUACACUUAAAGUGUGUAUGAAUGUCAGAUGGCCCCUGCCUCCAUUUACCUCGAGGCACCAGCUUAGGAAUUUCAACUUAACUGUAUAAAAUUGAUCCAAACUUAAGAUGGUCAACUGAUGCAUAAUCAAAGAAACAUGAUUUGUUUGGCUGGAUUAAAGGCUAGGAAGGAAUAGGACUGAUAAAUGUGAGUUUAAAAAGUCAAUGUAGUCUUAAUGUCCAGAUAUUGCUUUAGUUUAGUUACUUAGUUACUUUAAUUAUUUAACCCAGACAGGCAUUACAGCUACCUUGAUGUGCUCUACAUAUUAAUAGAAUAUAUGCUUUUUUUCAACAGGAACAUUAAAAGCUGAAAGCCAAUUGUACUGAAACAUGAGCAUUUUGCCAAAAAAAAAAAAAAAAAAAACACACAAAAAAAACGUUUUUUUGGAAUGUAAUUACAGGCUUAAAGCAAAUUAGAACAAACAACAGGCUAAGAAUUUUUGAGAAGUAGUUUGUGCCAUGACCUGGGAAAGAAAGCAGGCUGAGUGAGUGAAAGAGGGUUGUCACAUUCUUGUCACUUUGAUCACGUUGCAGUUUUUUCACAGUUUUUCUAUGAUGCGCUAUUAUUGCUCGAACUAUUUUACAAGUGAGUUUGGCUGAGUGAGUCGAGCAGUUCUGGGAUUUUUAUUUCUGUCUUGAAAAAGGCCAAGAUACACACAUUAUCAUCAGCUCAUUUAGAGACAACAUAGGAAGCACAAUGGGAAGAUCUCUUCUCACUUUCAUAUUGGCGAGUGCUUUCAGUUCUGUAACUGGAAAUAUCAGACUGGUCAGUGGUAGUAAUGGCUGCUCUGGUAGAGUUGAGGUCUUUUACAAUAGCCAGUGGGGAACAGUGUGUGAUGAUGACUGGAACAUGGAUGAUGCUGCAGUGGUGUGCAGACAGUUGGGAUGUGGAGAAGCUGUUACAGCACCGCAUAGUGCCCAUUUCGGCCAGGGGAGUGGUCUGAUCUGGCUGGAUAAUGUUGGAUGUUCUGGAAGUGAGAGCAGCCUCACACAGUGCUCACACAGAGGACUAGGAACACAUGACUGUUCUCAUAGUGAAGAUGCUGGUGUUGUAUGUUCAGGUCAUGCGUUAAGAUUGGUCAAUGGGUUUGAUUCCUGCUGUGGAAGAGUGGAAAUUCUUCAUAAUAGCAAGUGGGGAACAGUGUGUGAUAAUGAAUGGGACAUGAAUGAUGCUUCUGUUGUGUGCAAACAAUUACAAUGUGGCACAGCCAUCAGUGCACCUCAUAGUGCUGCCUUUGGUCGAGGCAGUGGAACAAUCUGGCUGGAUAAUGUUGGAUGUUCUGGAAGUGAGAGCAGCCUCACACAGUGCUCACACAGAGGACUAGGAACACAUGACUGUCAUAUUGGGAAAGAUGCUGGUGUUGUAUGUUUGGCAGGUGGCCUGCAGAUGCCCACCCUUUCCCUGAUCUCCACAAAUUCAGUUGUGUCUCCUGGAGAAAAUGUCCAGUUCAGAUGCACAACAUCUAACCCAAGGUGCCAGACUAAUGGUGAUUUCCACCUGUUCAGAAGCGGAUCAUCCAUGUACUCCCAAAGAAAUACAUCUAGUGUGAUUUUCAGUCUGACUGAUGUAAACAUCACACAUCACGGCCAGUACAGCUGUCAUUACUCUUACAACAGUGGUACUAUCAAGUCACCCAUGAGUAAGACUAUUCAAAUCACUGUAGUGAACUUGCAGCAGCCCAACAUUUCUUUUAGUGCUCCUGGUGGAUGGUUUGACCUGGGGUCUAAGGGGCCAGUGGUCACCAGGGGCCACAGUUUUACUAUCAUCUGCUCCACUGAAUCUCAGUAUCCUGGAGGCUUCUUCUACCUGUUCAGUGGAUCAAACAUCACUAGGAGACGAUCAGCUGUCAAUCACACUGCCCUCUUCUCCUUUCCUGUGGCUGAUUAUUCACAGCAGGGAAACUACAGUUGUGGUUAUGAAGUGAAUGUGUCCUCACGUGCCUUUAGUUCAGCUACCUCUCAACUGCUGGUUAUCACUAUAAGAAGUGUGGUAUUUACAUCCUUCCUGCUUUCUGUCAUUGGUGCUACGGUGUCAGCUGUACUACUCUUAUUUUGUGCCCUUAUCAUCAUCUUCCUAUGGAAGAGAAGACAAACCCAGAAGAAUGAGGAAAUUCAUAAGUGCUCCUUUAAAAAAGGUGCAGUUAAUACUUACAAAAGUGUAUCCCAUGACAAAAAUGAGGAGGAUGAUGAGGCUGACUAUGAAAAUGUAGAACCUAAUGAUGAAGACUAUGAGCAAAUGGACCUUGAAGACUCUGAAGAGGACUAUAUUAAUGUUGAUUCUGAACAGGGUUAUGUCAAUGUGGACACCGAUGACUCUGAAGAGGACUAUGUCAAUGUGGAAAUUAUACAGAAUAACAGUACAGAACACAAAUUUCAAGAUAACAUUUAUGAAAGCUAUGAAUAUUGAGUGAAUCCCCCCCCCCCCCCCCCCCCAAAAAAAAGAAUUAACAAAGAAUUAAAUGUGGUGUUAAUAUAACUGAAGAAAGAAGUCCAGUUAUCACUGAAUGCAAUGGAAUGCCAAGUGACAUUUUUUCAAAAUUGAUUUAGAAGAAAUGUGAAUGUUUUCAUUGCACUCAGAUUCUGUCACCAAGUUUUUUCUUGCUCUAAAAUGAGCCACAACAGUUUUUAUUGAUGCAUUUCUUUACUCACUGAAAGCUACAUGUGGACAAGAGUUCUACGACAAGCCUCGAUUGGAUAAAUAAACAAUCGAGCACUUUCACAAGGAAAAGUUAUACUCCAUCUUCAUGAUUAAUUCUUUUGUAGUGCGACAGAAAAGACACAGGAAGAGAGAGAGCGAACUCUGUGACUGUGAGAACUAAAAGUAACCACAACAUAAAUUUUCCAGAAAAUGUAAAAAAUAACCUUGCAAAAGCAGAUCGAACCUGCAUUUGGAUGAGAAGUUUAUUGCUUUUUGGAGUCAACAAUUAUGUUUGUAUGACAUAUCUAAUAUGUCAUAUCAUGACAGACUAUUAAAAGAAAAACAUUUCUGCUUCCCAGAUCUUAGCACAAUAUGACUAUAAAUGUGUAAAGCCUUUUACAUUUAAUACUUGGGUCUGAUAAUAUUUUAUAUAACGUAAACAAUAGCUUUAUAAUUGUAUACAGCUUUAGAUUAUAUAAAUAUAUUGUAGUCUACAUUUAUAUAACAUUAUGUAUAAAUAUGCAUACCUUACAAGUUUGUACUUUUGUUUAAUUUUAGUUUUGGUGCAUUAAUAUCCUUUUAAAUAGUUCACUUUCUACCAAAUGACACACGUUUGUUGCCCAGCUCUUUGCACAAUGUGACAAUAAAUGUGUGAAAGAAAAGGAUGUGAUUUAUGUUUGCUAUGCGUGCUCAAUAGGACAUGUCUUUAACAAACAACUAAACGUAGCAGAUGCUGCAGACUCUUGGAGUUAUAUUGAAAAAUACCUGUGUAUUCAAAAGCUUCAGGUUGAUUGGCUGUGAAAAUGGGGUGUGACAGUGAAGUGUUGAGAAAAGUCAAAAGUGUGACACCAUCCCUCCUUUAUUAAUCAGUAAGUGUGACAGGCUCACUGACUAGGAGGGAAAGAUCAGCAGCAACAGUCACUAAGUGUGACACCCCCCACCCAGACUGAGUUGUUCUGAGUCUGCUAGUGUGGCCCCAGAUUAAAACAUAAAAAUGAAGAAUGACUACCUAGAUUUAAAUAAAUAAUUGUGAUUUGAUAUGCCAUUCUAUGUUAUGUCCUAUUGAUUGAUUUAUUAUUUAUUUUGUGUGUCGAUUUAUACUCAUACCUUGUUUUAUAUUC